AUGGAUAUUCCAUUGGUUUCGUCUUCAUCAUCAACUGUUUUAAAUCUGGGUGUACCCCAAGAAAAGUCCUCACCUUUAAAAUGGGGAAAACCUGAACCAUCACCAACUGCUAAACGUACAUUGAACUACGAAAGUGUACCGCAAGACAAAUCCUCACCUUCUCGGCACAAAAAUCCUCAGACAACACCAACUGAGAAACAGACAUUGAAGAAUAAAAGUGUAGCCAAAGACAAAACCCCACCUUCACGACACAAAAAACCUCAGCCACCAUUGGCUGCUAAACAUACAUUGAAAAGUAAAACAGUACCCUCAGGUGUGCUCAAAGACAAAUCUUCAUCUUUACGACACAGAAAACUUCGUCCAUCACCAAUUGCUAAACCCACAUUGAAAACUAAAACUAUACCCCCAGGUGUACCAAAAGACAAAUCAUCUCUACGACACAAGAAACCCAAGCCACCUGAGAAAAAUAUGUUGAAAAAUAAAAGUGUACCUUCAGGUUUGCCUGAAGACAAACCUUCACCUUCAAAACACAAAACGUCUCAGCCAUCACCAACUGCUAAACAGACAUCAAAAAGCAAAAGUGUACCUUCAUGUGUGCCUGAAGAUAAAUCUUCACCGCAACGACACACAAAACUUCAGCCGUCAUCGACUGAGAAACAUGCAGUGAAAAGUAAAAGUGUACCAUCAAAUGUCUCAGAAGACAAACAAAAAAUCUCACCUUCCCGAAACAAAAAAUCUCAGACAACACCAACUGAGAAACGGACAUUGAAGAGUAAAAAUCAUAUAAAUGCUGGAGAGUAUACUACUCGGAGCAUUAGAAAUAAAUCCCUGCUGACAGUUGUAAAACCUGAUGAUAAAAGUUACUCAAACACGUCAAGUUGUUUUGCACCCAAACCGACAUAUAGGUACAUAAACAAUAGCAUGUUGGAUUCAGCAAACGAACAUGAUAUUGUGUAUUGCUGUUGUUUGGAUUCAGAGAAGGCAUUUAUGGGGAUGAUCUCUAUGAAGAAAGGAGCCUAUAAACAACUGAACCGUUCUAGGAAUCAAGUGAUGUUCCUUGUGCAAUUUGGUAAACUCAAAGUAAGAAUUGGUUACAAGAAUAUGAUACUGACAACAGGAGACAGUUUUAUGGUCCCAGAAAAUGAAAUCUACAGCCUGAGGAAUAAAAGUAACCAUGAUUGUGGAUUAAUUGUUACAAUUUUGAAAUAAAUAUAUUCUCAAUAAA